AAGUCGGUUAUACACAAGAUUACCCGACGACACCGUUGUCAAUAAUAUUAUUAUACUCUUAAUGGAGUAUUAAAACAACUCUAAUGGACAUUAUACAUUGUGAAUAUUAAAAUAAGUUUUUUUUUUCAACGCUGUAAAGUUUAUUGUUUUUUUUUUUUAAUUUGUUUAAUUUUAUAACCAAAAACCCGUUGUUGUGCGGUAACGACUGAUAUUAUUAAAAUAUUUAAAUCUCCAUUCUCACCACUAUCGAGUGGAAAAAGAAAAAAAAAAAACUAACAAACACAUACGAAUAAAAAGAUUUUUUUGGUGAAAUAAGAAAAAAGGAGAAGUAGUAGAAGAGUGUAAAGAAGAAAAAAAAAAAGAGAAAAAGAAGAUAUAUUAAGUAAAAACCAAUUUGCUGUUUUGUAUAACCGAUACCUUGACAGAAAUAAAAGAAAAAGUUUUCGUAUCCAAAGUUCGAGAAAUUCGAUUUCGGUUCGCCAGUGUAUAUGGAACUUUAGCGCCGAGCGGAAGGAUAAAUAUACUUUGUCUUGCGCAGUAGUUUCUUCGAAAACUACAAAUUAAGGAUUUUUUUUAUAUAACUUAAAUAAAUUUUAUAGUUAUUUAAGUGUUCAUAAAAGUUUAGACACAUUUUUGCUGGAGAUUUUGGGAAUAAUGGCGAAACUUUUUGUGGUUUUUGCCAUUCUUGCUGUUGCUGUUUCAGCAUCAGCUGCAACAUCUGAUCGAGUGAAACGACAAACAACCGAUGAACCCGCAAAGAAAGAAGAAUCCUUUGAGCAGGAACUUUGCAAAGACAAAGAUGCCGGCGAAUGGUUCCGUCUUGUAGCUGGAGAAGGUGAUAACUGCCGUGAUGUCAUCCAAUGUACAUCAUCUGGUCUUCAAGCCAUCCGUUGUCCCGCUGGUCUGUUCUUCGAUAUCGAAAAACAAACCUGUGACUGGAAGGAAGCUGUCAAGAACUGUAAAUUGAAGAACAAGGAACGUAAGGUUAAGCCUUUGUUGCACACAGACGAGCCACUGUGUCAAGAUGGUUUCCUAGCCUGUGGUGAUGGUAACUGUAUUGAACGUGGUCUUUUCUGUAACGGUGAAAAGGACUGUACCGAUGGUUCAGAUGAAAACUCAUGUGAUAUCGAUAACGAUCCAAAUCGUGCUCCACCAUGUGACCCAGCUGUGUGUGUCUUGCCUGAUUGUUUCUGUUCCGAAGAUGGUACAUCAAUUCCCGGAGAUUUACCAGCCAAGGAUGUUCCUAUGAUGAUCACAAUCACUUUCGAUGAUGCCAUCAAUAACAACAACAUUGAACUCUACAAGGAAAUGUUCAAGAACCGCAAAAACCCUAACGGAUGUAACAUUAAAGCUACAUACUUUGUUUCCCACAAAUACACUAACUACUCAGCUGUUCAAGAGACUUCCCGUCAAGGACACGAAAUCGCUGUUCACUCAAUUACACACAAUGACGAAGAACGUUUCUGGUCAAACGCAACUGUUGACGAUUGGGCCAAGGAAAUGGCUGGUAUGAGGAUCAUCAUUGAGAAAUACGCCAACAUCACUGACAACUCUGUUGUUGGUGUCCGUGCUCCAUACCUCCGUGUCGGUGGUAACAACCAAUUCACCAUGAUGGAAGAACAAGCUUUCCUCUAUGACUCAACCAUCACUGCUCCAUUGUCCAAUCCUCCACUAUGGCCAUACACCAUGUACUUCCGUAUGCCACAUCGUUGUCACGGUAAUCUCCAGAGCUGCCCAACCCGUUCUCACGCUGUCUGGGAAAUGGUCAUGAACGAACUCGAUCGUAGGGAAGACCCUACCAAUGACGAAUCUAUUCCCGGAUGUGCUAUGGUUGAUUCAUGCUCAAACAUCUUGACCGGUGAUCAAUUCUACAACUUCUUGAACCACAACUUCGACAGGCAUUACGAUCAAAAUCGUGCUCCAUUGGGUCUUUACUUCCAUGCUGCGUGGUUGAAGAACAACCCCGAAUUCUUGGAUGCCUUCACAUACUGGAUCGAUGAAGUGCUCGCCAACCAUAACGAUGUCUACUUCGUCACAAUGACACAGGUCAUCCAAUGGAUGCAGAAUCCCAAGACCAUCAGCGAAGCCAAGAACUUCGAACCAUGGAGGGAGAAGUGCGUUGUUGAAGGUAAACAAGCCUGCUCUGUGCCUUACUCCUGCAAACUCACCUCAAAGGAGGUGCCCGGGGAGACCAUUAAUCUGCAGACGUGCGUCAGAUGUCCAAAUAACUACCCAUGGAUCAACGAUCCAACCGGUGAUGGUUUCUACUAAGUCAAAAAUGUGUUGAGGAGUUAAUUUGUUAUGAGUUUUAUUUUUUUAAUUUUUUAUUUUAAUUUUAUAUUAUGUUUUAAAAAAUCCCAAAUUUUUAAUAAAAAAAAAAAAAUAAGAAAAAAAAAAGAAAUUUUGUGGAUCUAUUUUUUGGUCUCGCACUGUAAUAAUUUCUUAAAGAUUGCCAUUUGUAAAACUCUAUUUUUUCGAAUUUCUAACGUCUUUGGACGUCUUAAAAAACUGUACUUCUAUAUACUUUGAACCUUCUGUUAAAAUCCCCCAUCCCUUUCCCCCAAAAAUCCCUCUCUCUCUCUCUCACUUUUUCCCUCCUUGUAUAUAGUUUUAAUGUUAAAUAAAAAGACAGAUUUAAAUAUAAAAUACUUUUUGAUAUCUGUCAAAACUUUUCAAUCAAUUUUAGUGAUUUUCUUUUUCAUAUGCAUUUUCAACUGUUUUUUCUUAUUUCUAGUUUUUAUUUAUGAAAACCCUAAAAUUCUCUUUUCUUUAUUUUUUAAUUUUCUGCUUGAUCUUGCUAUUUUUUCUAUUUUAUU